AUGGCGGGGCGGGCGGCGGCGCUGCUGGUGGCCGUGCUGGGCGCGGGGGCCGCGGGGCUGAGCCUGGAGCCGGUGGUGUGGCACACGGGGAACCGGCGGUUCCUGGAGGCGGGCGGCUACGUGCUGUACCCGCAGAUCGGUGACCGCCUGGACCUGGUGUGCCCGGGGGGCGCGGGGUACGAGUACUACAAGCUGUACCUGGUGGGGGGGGCGCAGGCGCGGCGCUGCCAGGUGCCCCCCGCGCCCACCCUGCUGCUGACCUGCGACCGCCCCCAGCGCGACGUGCGCUUCACCAUCAAGUUCCAGGAGUUCAGCCCCAACCUCUGGGGCCACGAGUUCCGCCGCCAGCACGACUAUUACAUCAUCACCACCUCGGACGGGACCCCCGAGGGGCUGGAGAACCGUCAGGGCGGGGCCUGCCUGACCCGGGCCAUGCGGGUCACCCUGCGCGUGGGGCAGCGCCCCGGGGCGGAGCCGCCACCGGACCAGGACGGGACAGGUUCAGCCAAUCAGACCAGCCCGCCCGGGCCGGGCCCGCCCCCCACGUGGGGAGGGGCGGAGCUGUGGGGCGCGGGGGGAGGGGCGGCGCUGCUGGCGCUGGGGGGGGCGGGGGGGGCGCUCUGGUGGCGGCGCCGCCCCCGGAGACCCCCAAAAACCCCACGGGGUGGGGGAGGGGCGGGGCCAACCCGGCCACGCCCCCACGGGCCCGGCCCCGCCCACCCCUUGCGCGAGCUGCCCCUCCCCCCCGCCGCCCCUCCCCCCACCUACUACAAGGUGUGAGGGGUGGGGGAGGGGCGGGACACCCAAACUGGGCAGGGCCACGCCCACAAAGGGAAGGACACGCCCCACCCUGAAGCUCCGCCCCCUCGGGGCAAAGGGGAAUGAAGGACCCAAAAAGGGAAGAAUUUGCCCCAAAUUCACCCCCAAAGUGUGGGUGGGUGGGGCUUAACCGGGGGGCGUGGCCUGAAUUGGGUGUGGUCACUAAAGGGGUGUGGCCUACACGUCAUUUGGUGCCGCCCAGUGGGCGUGGUCAAAUAUGGGCGUGGCUUCCAUUAAUGGGCGUGGCUUUACCUGGGGAGGCGGAGCUUGAACGGCUUUGAGGCGUCACCCCUGGGAAAGGGGCGGGGCUUGCUCACGGCUCCCUCCCAUUGGUCACUAUGAAGCCCCGCCCACACAAAGGGGGCGGAGCUUUCCCAGCGCAGUAACAUGGCCGCCGCCACAGCGGAUGAACAGGAAGUGACAUCACGGCAACAGAGAGGCGGGACUUCCUGUGUGACAUCGCGUGGGGGCGGGGCCUGCGCGCGCGGCUGCUGCUGAUUAGACAGUUUUGUGCAA